CAGUAAACCAGAGGUGGAAGAAGAUGAAAAGGGUGUUUUGUGACAACCCAAGUUGUCGUUUGAACUGUGGGGCUCAUGAGUGAAUAGAUUAUCUAAGAUAGAACUAGUUUUCAACCUAUAUAAAAACAAGCCAAUAAUCUUCUUUGUUUGUCAAUCAUACUUGAAGAAUCCUCUCUCUCUCUCUCUCUCCCCCCCUCUAUCUGUCUUUCUCUGUCUUUCUCUACCUAUUUUGAUAUGAAGAUGUGUGGGAAGAAUUUAAAAUGUCUUGCAACUAUUGCUUUCAUUUGUGUUUUUGUUUGGUCGUUUAGUUUGGAAAAUUGCCAUGGGAGAGAAGGCAGGCGUUGGGGGGCACAUAGAAAAACUGGAGGCUACCGCCACCACCAUGUUCAUGUGGAUAGUGAGGAUGUUGUGGGAGCCUCACUAGCAAGUGAAGGUGGUUCUGGCAGUUUUAAUGUGGUGGACUUUGGAGCUAAAGGCGAUGGAAAGGAAGAUGACACUAAGGCAUUUCAGGCAGCUUGGGAAUCAGCUUGCAAUGCAGAGGGAUCAAUGGUGGAGGUUCCCUCAGGUUAUGAAUUUCUCGUUGGCCCCAUUUCGUUCUCUGGUCCUAAUUGCCAACCAAACAUUGUGUUUCAGUUGGAUGGCAGAAUCAUUGCUCCUACAAGCCCUAGUGCUUGGGGUUCAGGUCUCUUGCAAUGGAUUGAAUUCACUAAACUUAAAGGGAUAACAGUGAAAGGUACAGGUACUAUUGAUGGACAAGGCUCCGUUUGGUGGAGCGACAACUCGCCCACAGACGAUUCUACUGACGAAAAUUUGGACAAGGAAAGCAGUGGCGGAAGACUUCCAAGAACCAAACCAACAGCACUUAGGUUCUACGGAAGUGAUGGAGUGACAGUCACUGGAAUAACCAUCCAAAACAGCCAACAGGCUCACCUGAAAUUUGAUAGUUGCACAUCAGUUCAGGUUUCUUCAUUAACCAUUUCAUCGCCUGGUGACAGCCCAAACACGGACGGAAUUCACUUGCAGAACUCCCAGAAUGUGAUCAUUUCGAACAGCAAUCUAGCUUGUGGAGAUGAUUGUAUAUCCAUACAAACUGGAAGCUCGUCCAUAUACAUACACGAUGUGAACUGUGGGCCAGGCCAUGGAAUUAGCAUUGGAGGACUAGGACGUGAUCAAACAAAAGCAUGUGUUUCCAAUGUCACCGUCCGUGAUGUCAAACUGCAGAACACAAUGAAUGGGGUCAGAAUAAAAACAUGGCAGGGUGGUUCAGGCUCAGUACAGGGAAUACUGUUCUCAAACAUUCAAGUUUCAGACGUUGGGACUCCAGUAAUGAUAGACCAAUACUACUGCGAUGGGGGUAGAUGCCAUAAUGGAUCUUCUGCAGUAGCAAUUUCAGGAGUAAAUUAUGUAAACAUUAGGGGAACAUACACUUCAACGCCGGUCCAUUUAGCCUGCAGUGACAGUCUUCCCUGCACUGGUGUGACAUUAGACACCAUUCAGCUUGAGGGGAGCAGCCGCUCAAAUGAACCAUUCUGUUGGAAGGCAUACGGUGAACUAAAAACCUCCACUGUCCCUCCCAUCGACUGCUUGCAGUCUGGAAAUCCAUCGAAAGCCCAGGCUCACGGUUUCUGCUAAAUAUUAAUUAGAUUAUAGAUAGAUAUACGCAGUCAUUAAUGGAGAGUUAGGAAAACAAAAUUUCAUGGUAGACUACUUAGAAAUAGAAAUGUCAUAUGCUACAAAAUCGGGUGCUAUAGAUAGAUAUAUGCAGUCAUUAAUAUGAUAUUGUUGCUACAUAUUUUUAU